AUGUUAGGAAUUAUCUCAGAGUCCGGCUACGCCAUAACUGACACCAUGGACUCGUGUGACUUAGUAAUAAUUAACAGUUGUACCGUAAAAAAUCCGAGUGAGCACGGAAUGAUAAAUUAUAUAAAUCAAGGCCUAAAACUUGGGAAGAAGAUUAUAGUCACGGGCUGUAUUCCACAAUCUGAUAAACUACACCCCAUCUUCAACAAUAACAACAUCUCACUUCUAGGAAUAAUGCAGAUAGAGAAGAUAGUGUAUGUGAUUGAGAAUAUGUUGAAUGGGAACAGGGUAGUGAUGUUGGAGAAGAAGAAGUUGCCGAGUUUAGACUUACCAAAAAUCAGGAAAAACAAGCUCAUUGAAAUUAUUCCAAUAUCCACCGGCUGCCUUGGAUCUUGCACCUUCUGCAAAACCAAACACUCGAGGGGAGUGUUGAAUAGUUAUGAGAUAGAGUCGAUAUUGGACCGUGUGGAGUCGUGUAUUUCAGAGGGUGUGAAGGAGAUUUGGCUAACAUCGGAGGAUUUGGGCGCGUACGGGAUUGAUCUGGGCACUAAUAUCAUCACUCUACUACACUCAAUCAUCGCAGUUCUUCCCAAAGACAUCAUGCUCAGGUUGGGAAUGUGUAAUCCUCCGUAUAUAAAAAAGUAUAUAAGUGAGGUGUGUGAGAUAUUAAGGCAUGAGAACGUGUUCGAGUUUAUUCACAUCCCAGUGCAGAGUUGCAGUGACUCCGUGCUGGAAAAGAUGAACAGAGAAUAUAAACUCGAGGAUUUUCUGCACAUCGUCUCGGUUAUUAAGGAGAAAGUCCCCAACUGCACCAUCGCAACUGACAUCAUCUGCGGAUUCCCAACUGAGACCCACGAAGACCAUCAGGCGACAGUAGACACACUACGUGACCUCAAACUCUCCGUCAUCAACAUCUCACAAUAUUACUCAAGGAAAGGAACGGUGAGUAGUGGUAUGAAGGAGUUGGACAAUAAUGUGAAGAAGAACAGGAGUAGGGAAGUUACUAAUGUGUUCAUGUCGUACGAAAACAACUCAAAGUUCCUGAAUGAGCAGUUUAAAGCUUAUUUUAACCACAUUAACGGCGACCAGCUUGUAGGAUACAAUAAAUAUUACAUCAAACUCAUUGUUAAAAAUUUAAAAGACCCAGAGUCAUAUCUCGGAACUACUCAACACGUCAAAGUCAUCAACACACAUAAAUGGCAUCUGGAAUGUGAAAUACUCUGAUAACCUGAUUUAUAGGUUGACUUACUCUAGAAAGUUGACUACUCUACUGGGGUAACCACUGAGUUUGCAUAACAGUGUAAAAUUGUAAAAUAGAAUUAUAACAUUAGUAGAGAUACCAUUCGACUAGUUGUUCGGUGUCGGUGUAGGUUGUGGUUGGUUUGUGGUGUGUGUAAUUAGCCAUGAAUUUUCGGUAAUGUUCGAGGUUUUGCUCAAGAGAGUACUUGUUAAACUCCGCUAAAAACUCAUUUGUCCUCAUUAAUUUAUCCUCACUCAA